AAAGACAUGACUUUGUAAAAUGACUCUAUAUUCAUCCAAAUUACACUGUUUCAAUGUAAAAUACUCACAUCAAUAUUUGUGUUUAUUUGCAGGAUGUUUAUGUUAUUUUUUAAAUGGAUAUCAAUGGGGAUAUCUUAGUCCUGCUCUGGUCAAAUUAAGUGAAAAUGGAUAUUAUCAAAUCCCACCGCUUUCAUCAAACGCUCAAUCUUGGAUGGUUACAUGGCUUACUAUAGGAUUUUGUCCUGGUGCUUUUUGUGCUUCAUAUUCAAAUGAUUUAGUUGGCAGAAAAUAUUCCUUAAUAUUGAUGUUUAUAACAAGUUUAAUGGCACAUUUGUGCAUAUAUUUUGCUGCAGAUAUUAAAUUGUUUUAUUUAUCACAAUUUUUACGCGGUUUUAAUAGUGGUUGGCUUUUUGUGACUUUUCCAAAUUAUGUGAGUGAAAUAGCCACAUCAAAACUUCGUGGCUCAUUUUCAGCCAUGGGUAUGGCAUUCAUGACUAUUGGUAGUCGGUGUGUUGCAGGCACAAUUCAAGCAGUUACAUCUAUUGAAACUACAGCUCUAAUUGGAAUUAUAAUUGCAUUAACCAUACUACCAUUCUUGUUCUGCAUUAGCGAAUCUCCAUAUUAUUGUUUGAUGAAGAAUAACGAUAGCAGAGGUGAGGAUAUUUUAAAAAAACUUCGUAAUACCCAAAACGUAGAAAAAGAAUUCCAGGAAAUGAAAUCAAUGUUUAUUAGAAAUCUUCAAAUUAAAGAAUCCAGUUCAUGGAUUAAACUAUUUUCAACACCAGUCAACUUUAAAGUGACACUUGUGACCACUGGAGUUUUAACAAUAUUUGAACUAAGUGGAGAUUUAGUAAUGAGUAAUUAUGUACACACAAUUUUGAAAAAUACUGGAUUGAAUGUAUCAUUAUUAACUAUUUCGAUAGGUUUGAGCGCAACGCAUUUAAUACCAAACAUUCUUGGAGCUUUUAUUAUAGAGUGUUGGGGUAGAAAACCAUUAUUUAUUUUACUAUGUGCUCUAUCAGCUACUGGACAUUAUAUUACCGCAUUGUCUAUGUUUUUAAUGGAUAAUACGGAUGCAAACAAAUCAAAAUUAUUAGGUAUUUUUGUAGUUAUUGGGGUGAUGUUUUUUGAAUUAGCUGUAGGGUUUGGCUUUAUACACAUAUCAUUCACUUUGGGAGCGGAAUUGUAUCCUACGAAUAUCAAAUCAAAAGGUGUAUCACUCUUAAAAAUUCUUAUGUCUGUUGAAGGAGUUUUAGCUGUGCAAAUUUUUGAAUUAUUGACAAAUAUUAAUCCAUUUAUUCCAUUCUGUUGUAUGGCUGUGGCUAGUUCAAUUGGUAUAGUUUUUGGCAUUGUUUUUGUACCUGAAACUAAAAGUAAAUCAUUAGCUAGAAUACAAGAAGAUUUAAAUGUUACAUAAUUCUUCUGCUUAAAGUUAAACCUCCAUAUUCUGGUUUUAAAAAUUGAAA